CUCUCAUAUUAUUAUUCAUCUGUUCUCAAAACAAAAACACUCAUCACUCUAUCUCUCUCAAAAGUGAAAAUGUGUGGGGGUGCUAUAAUUUCUGAUUUCAUAGACGUGAAUUUGAACAGUGGUCGGAAAUUGACCACCCACAACACCCAUCAUCAGCUUCACACUUUCUCUGAUUUCCACGCCACCUCUUCUUCCAAACAUCAACCAUCCUACCAGGAUCCAAACCUCCCUAGGCCUCCUCCGCUUCCAAACAACCAAGGAGUGAAGUUGAAGGCUUUGACUUUGAACACUGGUCGAGUACGGAAGAACGUGUACAGAGGAAUAAGGCAAAGGCCAUGGGGGAAGUGGGCUGCAGAAAUAAGGGACCCACGUAAGGGUGUGCGUGUGUGGCUGGGUACUUUCAACACUGCUGAAGAAGCUGCUCGUGCUUACGACAAUGCCGCCAAGCGCAUCCGCGGAGACAAGGCCAAGCUCAACUUUCCCGACAGCAAGAACCCAUGUCUUAAUCCCUUUCAACUCAAACACCUCUUUUCCAACCUCGAAUCCUUCCUUGGUUUGGACUCGCUCUAAUCACUCCCAUUCUUGUCUGCUUCUUUUCCUUAACUCUUUCAAAUUAUCCUACUGUAAUAUUUAUAACUAUGUCUACAUCUUUCCUCCUUUUUCUUGCCUCUUCUUUUUCACUAAUAAUGAGUAUUGUUUAUAUAUAAAACUUUUGCAAUAACUUUUUUUUUUUUUUUUUACUUUGUUCUAUAAAUUGUAUAAGAAUUACUCA